AUGAAUGGAACAGUCAAAAUGAAAGAUAAACAAUUCGAUAUUAUUAUCGUCGGCGCAGGUAUCUCCGGCAUCAACGCCGCCUACCGUGUCCAAACCCAACUUCCCGGCUACACCUACACUAUCCUGGAAGCUCGCACCGAUCUUGGGGGUACCUGGGAUCUUUUCAAGUAUCCUGGUAUCCGUUCCGACUCUGACCUUUUCACCUUUGGCUUCCAAUUCAACCCCUGGUCCCGUGAUAACCCCAUCGCCGAGGGCUCCGCCAUCAAGGAGUACAUCCACAAGACAGCGACCAAAUACGGUAUCGACAAACACAUCGUCUAUAAUCACCGCGUAUCCUCAUCAGCCUGGUCCUCUGAAGAAAACUCCUGGUCGCUCGCUGUCGAUCACAAUGACUCCGAAUACACCUACACCGCCCGCUACGUUAUUUUCGGCACGGGCUACUACAACUACAAGGAUCCCCUGACAGCCGACAUCCCUGGUCUGGACGCCUUCCAGGGCCAGAUCGUGCACCCGCAAUUCUGGCCCGAUGACUUCCAAUACAAGGACAAGAAAAUAGUCAUCAUCGGCUCCGGUGCGACCGCCAUAACUCUCCUCCCCAAUCUCGCCGACCAUGCCGCCCGUGUCACAAUGCUCCAGCGCAGUCCGACCUACAUCCUUUCCGUCCCGAAUCACUCAAGCAGCCGCUGGCUCUCAUACCUCCUCCCUGCUGCCCUGUAUUAUAGGCUACAGCGCACGAUAUGGAUCUGUGCCACGCGCAUCUUCUUCCUUUUCUGCCAGCGCUUCCCGAAUUUCUCCCGCUGGCUGCUUAAGUUGAAUGUGCGCAAGCAGUUGCCCAGUCAUAUCCCCCAUGACCCACAUUUCAAGCCCAAAUACAACCCCUGGGAGCAGCGAUUGUGUGUUUGCCCCGAUGGAGAUCUGUUCCGCAGUCUUCGACAGGGCAAGGCGGACGUGAAGACUGAUACGAUUCGCGAGGUUACAAAGAAUGGUAUUAUCUUGAAUUCUGGCGAGCAGCUCGACGCAGAUAUUAUCAUUACUGCUACUGGUUUGCGCUUGCAGAUUGCAGGUGGCGCGGCGUUGUAUGUGGACGGGAAGGAGGUUGAUAUCGGUGAUAAGUAUCUGUGGAACGGAGUCAUGCUCCAGGAUGUACCCAAUGCUGCUUUCGUUAUUGGGUAUACCAAUGCCUCCUGGACUCUUGGUGCGGAUGCCACGGCCCAGUUCAUCUGCCGUUUGCUCAAGGAGCUUGAGUCGCAGAAGUUGAUCGCUGCUGUCCCCCGCUUGAAGGAGAAGGAAGCUGCUACACUCGAGGAUCGUCCUCUCUUGAAUCUCAAGUCGACUUACCUGUCUAUUGCCGGGCGUGUAUUACCUAAGGCUGCUGAUCGUGGUCCAUGGCAGCCGCGCGAUCACUACCUGAAGGACAUGAAGUUUGCUAUGCGUGGUGAUAUUAAUACCGGACUGGAGUUUGUGCAGGGCCCGAGUCUGCGUCUCCGCCCUAAGAUGUCCUAA